CAUGGGGGACAUGAAGACCCCAGACUUUGAUGACCUCUUGGCUGCUUUUGACAUCCCGGAUCCAACGAGCCUGGAUGCCAAGGAGACCAUCCCAUCGGCUGGGGAGGAGAAUGAGAAUCACCUGAAGUCAUCGGGAAUCUGCAUAGAUGAGAACGUGUCCUUAUCCCACUCUUUGCCACCCUCUGAUGCGCCUGUUGUGAGUGUGAUAGUGAAGAACACGAGUCGCCAAGAGUCUUUUGAAGCAGAAAAAGAGGGAAAUCACCUCGGGACUGGUCUGCUCCACAAUGGGUUUCGUGGGUCUGAUCUGCCAUUGGAGGCUCACACUUUAGUGCAUAAUUAUGGCAAAUUUGAGUCAACUUUUAUUAAUGGUGACAGCUCGAGAAGUUACUCUGAGAAACUGGACCAGUCCAAGUCAGAGGCUUUGCCAACGUUUAGUCAGUUCAGCCCAAUUUCCAGCCCUGAACCAGAGGAUGGAUUCAAAGAGAACAGUAUAGGUGAUAAACCCAAACUUGCCCAAACGCCGUAUUUUCCACCACCUUCAAUGUAUAUACCAACUGGAGCUUCAGUACUAGAUCAUCUUAGAAGGGUACCAGAGCCUGAAUUGAGCAUGUUUGAUCAAUAUUGCAAAAAGGAACAGAAGAUGGAAAUCCACUGCCACCCGGAGAACAGGUUGGAAAUGAGAAGGAGAGAACAAGACAAAGUAGCAGAGAGGUUUGUGGAAUCAAAAGACUUGGUAGAUACCAACAACUUUCUGGGAGAAGGCUUGGUGUUUGGAGACCUCCCUCACAACAACUUAGGAGAAAGUAAGGGAUCUGUGCCUGAGCCUAACAUGUCUUCGUUGGUACCACCUCGCCAGAGGUUAAAGCCAACUCACUCAAAGUUGUCAUCCUGCGUGGCGGCGUUAGUAGCCCUUCAGGCCAAAAAGGUUGCGUGUAUUCCAAAAGGCGAUCAGCCAAAUCUUACCAAGGACCCUGGUCCUUUUAAAGACGGGACAAAGGGAAGUCCAAAAAUGCCCAAGUCACCAAAGAGCCCCCGAAGCCCCUUAGAGGUGGUGAGGAAAGCCAGCAAGCAGCCUGAGAGUCCUCGAAGUGUGUGCAGUGACAGCAGUGGGAAAGGCUCUCCUUCCAUGGCAGCCGGCUCUCCACCAGCUAUUCCCAAAGUUAGAAUAAAGACUAUCAAGACAUCCUCUGGUGAAAUUAAAAGGACCGUAACUAGAAUUUUGCCAGAAAACGAUGAGUUGGGCAAAUCUUCAGAAGAGUGGCCUUUGGAAACCUCAUCUGCCGAAGAGUUUAUCAAAUCUUUCCCAUCCCCUGACACCAGUGCAGUUAUGGAAGGUGAGCCUGGCAAAAAUUCAACCAAAACUGGGGCUGCUGUGGCUACCCAGCUGUCCAACAUAGCGAACCCUUACGCGGAUGGUAUGAAAACAGAUACUGCUGCAAACAGCACAUGUGCCGUGUCCUUGUCCCCGCUGCCAAACGGUGGCAGUGGUGCCGUAAAAGUAGGCGUUAAGAGGCAGCAGCAGGGUCCUGCGGCGCAGCCGUCUGGCGCAACCACCUCCAGCCUUCUUCCCAAAGCUGUUCACCUGGCCAAUCUCAACUUGGUCCCGCACAGCGUCGCUGCUUCCGUGACUGCAAAAUCGUCAGCCCAGAGGCGGAAUCAGCCUCAGGUGACGCAGAUGUCUGUGCCUCUGGUGCACCAAGUCAAGAAAGCUGCUCCCGUCAUUGUGGAGGCGUUUAAUAAAGUACUACACAGUGCCAAUCCGGUGCCAAUUUAUACUCCAAACCUUAGCCCUCCGCUUGACACCAGUAUUAAUUUACCUGCCUCUGGGUAUUGUUGCCUGGAAUGCGGGGACUCGUUUGCCUUAGAGAAAAGCCUGACUCAUCACUAUAGCAGACGAAGUGUUCAUAUUGAAGUCAUGUGCACUCAGUGUUCAGCUAUGCUACUUUUUUUUAAUAAGUGUAGCUUGCUUAAACACGCAAGAGAUCAUAAGAGCAAAGGAUUUAUCAUGCAGUGUUCUCAGCUGCUAAUGAAACCAAUUUCCUUAGACCAAAUGUUUUCACCUUCUCCUACAAGCUCUUCAGCCUCUCAGGCUCCUCAGACUUUGCACUCACCGUCUCCUUCGUGUAAGCCCAGUGCUGCUUCAGGAGGUGGGGUUGGAAUUUCUGCUAAUGCUCAGCCAGCCUUACCUCUCUAUACGGACCCGUUGAGUAUAAUCCGGCAUGGACUCAAGUGUUUAGAGUGUAACAAGCAGGCGCAGGAUUACGUUGCUUUAGCAGCUCAUUACCAGAGAACCUCAGAAGAUAAUGAGAAACUGACAUGUCAAGUGUGCCAGAUGAUGCUGCCCAACCAGUGCAGUUACUGUGCUCACCAGAGGAUCCACGCUCACAAGUCUCCAUACUGCUGCCCAGAGUGCGGGGCUGUUUGCCGCUCCGCCUAUUUCCAAACCCACGUCAAGGAGAACUGCCUGCAUUACUCCCGCAAAGUCGGGUUCAGGUGCAUCCAUUGUGGAGUCGUCUUCAUGACCCUUGCCCUGCUGAAAGUGCACAUCCACGAGAAACACUGCGAAGUCUUCCACAAGUGUUCUUUUUGCCCGAUGGCCUUCAAGUCAGCUGACAGCACCAUGGCUCACAUGACCAGUCAGCACCCAGCAGAGCCUCACAAGAAUACUCAGCUGAUCUACAAAUGCUCUUGCGAGACAGUCUUUAACAAGAAAAAGCUGCUCCACGAGCACUUCCAGCAGAACACCAACAAGCUGUUAGUGGGAGUGUUUAAGUGCCCAGAGUGUCAGCUGGUGUAUAUGCAGAAACAGCAGUUAAUGCAGCACGUUAAGGGUGUUCAUGGCAUCCCCCAAAAUCCUGAGGAGCUCUCAAACUUUCAACAGAAAUCUGAGAAGUCAUCAAGGAACCAGAUUCAUAACACACCAAAGGAGCUGUUGGUAGCCAAUGGGACUUCUCACUCCCCUCUGCUGAGGAAGGAUGUGAGGGUGGAAGGAUAUAAUCCUGAAUCCAAGUCCAGACUGAGACGAACUGGUUGGACUUGCAAAGAGUGUUCACAGUGGAUGCCUGAUCGGGAAACCUAUGUGUCCCACAUGAAAAGAAAUCAUGGAAGGUCUAUGAAGAGAUACCCCUGUCGACAGUGUGAACGCUCAUUUAAUGCCUCCAACAGUCUGCGUAGACAUAUCCGCAAUAAUCACGACACAGCAAAGAAAAUUUAUACUUGCUGGUACUGCACAGAUGAAAAUCAGACAUUUCCUCAGCCGUUCAUGCUGGAGAAUCACAUCAGCCUCAUGCACGGCAUCAAAACCCCAGACUUAUCCCAGAUGGCCAAAGCAAAAGCUCCAGACAGAGACACAGCAGAAGCAAAAUCUCCAAAGAGGAUGGCAAUGGAUGAGCUGGGUCAGGCAGAGACCGCUGUGGGUUCAGGCGCACCGUCAGCCAAAAAACUGAAAGCACACUGGAAAUGUGCUAAAUGCGGCUUCGCGACAGACGUCAGCACUGAGUUUCAGGAACACAUACCUCGGCACAAGACGGACAGCUCCACCUACCAGUGCUCCUUCUGUGGCUUGUGCUACACCUCCCACAUCUCUCUGAACAGACACCUCUUCAUUGUUCAUAAAGUCAAAGAUGAAGAGGAGGAGGAGGAGGAGGAGGAGGAGGAAGAAGAGGAGGAAGAUGAAGGGCUGAAGUUACAAAGGGAGAUGAGUGAGAAUGGGCACGAGGGGUAUAACGGCGAGACGAACACUACGGUGGAAGAAGAAAGCCUGAAAUGCAAAGAGUGCAGAAGUGACUUGGCUCUUUGCGAACACAGUGAGACCUGUGGCAUGGAGGGUCCCAACAGCAGCUUGCAGAACAAUCACUCGAAGUCUCUCAAGACUUAG